AUGGCUCUUCAAAGCUCGUUGUGUCGGGUUUCCAGCCAAUUGCGUCAAUUGACCACCAAAGUCCCGGGUGCUCGUUUCUACUCAGCUCCUGUCAGUGGAAGCAUUCCUGCUGCAAAGAGGAAAUAUGUCCCAACUAGCGGUACUUAUCCGCAAGGAUUCAAGGUUUCGGGAACGAUAGUUGGUGUUAAGCCAAAAAAUACAACCAAACCCGACCUUGCUUUCAUCACCUCAAGCACACCAUGUGCUGCAGCGGCCGUCUUCACCAAGAACAAGUUCCAAGCUGCACCGGUAACUUUCAGCCGGUCGCUGCUCCAGGAGCAGAAAAACUCUGGGAUUAGAGGUGUUAUUAUCAAUUCGGGAUGUGCAAAUGCCGUAACUGGAAAGGGUGGCCUUGAAGAUGCUGAAAAGAUGGCGAGAGAGGCCGAUAAGGCACUGGGAGCUGACAAGGCAACAAUCGUGAUGAGUACCGGCGUGAUUGGCCAAAGGUUACCGAUUCAGAAAAUCUUGGAUGGGGUUCCCAAAGCCUACGAAGGGCUUGGCGAUACCCAUAAACACUGGCUAACAUGUGCCACAGCUAUCUGCACGACAGAUACAUUCCCUAAAUUGAUCUCAAAAACUUUCAGUCUACCGUCUUCGCCAUCAGUAGAGUACCGCAUUGCUGGAACGACUAAAGGCGCUGGGAUGAUUCACCCGAAUAUGGCAACGCUCUUAGGUGUCAUCGCCACCGAUGCUCCCAUUUCACCCUCUAUCAUCCCGCCUAUUCUCAAGUAUGCUGUAGAUCGGUCUUUUAAUAGCAUCACAAUUGACGGAGACACGUCUACCAAUGACACGGUUGCUUUACUGGCAAACGGUGCUGCAGGAGGUCAGGGGGUAACUACGGAAGAUUCGGCCGAUUUUAUCGCAUUCCGAGAUGUUGUCACUGACUUCGCGACUGACUUGGCUAAGCUCGUCGUGCGGGAUGGCGAAGGUGCUACCAAAUUCGUUACCAUCCGGGUAACUGAGUCUUCAAGCGAAGAGGGUGCUCGAAAGAUCGCCAGCACCAUUGCAAGAUCACCUCUUGUCAAAACAGCGCUCUACGGCAAAGACGCUAACUGGGGUCGAAUCCUCUGCGCUACUGGUUACUCACUAAUCAGCGAGCCUGGACAAGCCGUCAAUGACGUGGCGGAAAUAAUACCCGAGAAAACCAAUGUGUCUUUCGUCCCCACAGACGGGAGCCCGGAGCUGAAGCUCCUCGUCAACGGCGAGCCGGAAAUUGUCGAUGAGACCCGAGCAGCGGAGAUUCUCGAGUUUGAGGACCUCGAGAUCCUCGUGAGAUUGGGAACCGGUAAGAAGGAGGCUACUUACUGGACCUGCGAUUAUAGUCACGAGUACAUGGUAGAAAAAUAUAGGCCUGUCUUCCUUGACGAUGUAGUAGGAAAUACAGAGACGAUCGAACGGCUCAAGAUUAUUGCGAAAGAUGGAAAUAUGCCUCACGUUAUCAUAUCUGGAAUGCCCGGUAUUGGAAAGACGACGAGCGUACUAUGUCUGGCCCGCCAACUGCUCGGAGACUCCUAUAAGGAGGCAGUGCUGGAACUCAAUGCGAGUGAUGAGCGAGGUAUCGACGUGGUUCGAAACCGAAUCAAAGGCUUUGCUCAGAAGAAAGUCACGCUACCAGCAGGCCGACACAAAAUCGUAAUCCUCGACGAGGCCGACAGCAUGACUUCGGGUGCACAACAAGCGCUGCGGCGUACGAUGGAGAUCUAUUCCAACACGACGCGGUUUGCCUUCGCCUGUAACCAGUCGAACAAGAUCAUCGAACCGCUACAGUCUCGAUGCGCGAUCCUACGAUACGGGCGAUUAACGGACGCACAGGUAGUCAAGCGGUUGCUACAGGUUAUCGAGGCGGAGAAAGUACAGUACAGCGACGACGGGCUAGCAGCGCUCGUGUUUAGCGCCGAGGGCGAUAUGCGGCAGGCCAUCAACAACUUACAGAGCACACACGCUGGUUUCGGCUUCGUCAGCGGCGACAACGUGUUCAAGGUCGUUGAUAGCCCCCACCCUAUAAAAGUCCAGGCCAUGCUUAAGGCCUGCUAUGAGGGCAACGUGGAUAGUGCCCUAGAUACUCUCCGCGAGCUGUGGGAUCUUGGAUACUCCAGCCAUGAUAUCAUAUCUACUAUGUUCAAGGUCACCAAGACUAUACCCACCCUCAGCGAACACUCCAAGCUAGAGUUUAUCCGCGAGAUCGGCUUCACCCACAUGAAGAUCCUCGAAGGUGUCCAGACCCUACUACAGCUGAGCGGGUGUGUCGCCCGGCUAUGCAAGAUUAAUAUGGACCCGAAGCGUUUUGAGACCAAGGCAAAAUGA